AUGGAAGUGAUGGUGCAAACACAAGAGGAAGUGAAACGUAAGUUCAGAAUUAAAAGAGCAAAAGUUAAAAAGCGGCUCACCUGCUCACAGUGUGGAAAGAGUUUUGGACACAAAAAAUACCUUGAAAUUCACAUGAGAAUCCACACUGGAGAGAAACUGUACUCAUGCACUCAGUGUGGAAAGAGUUUUACUGGUCCAUCAGGUCUCAGUUAUCAUCUGCGUGUUCAUUCUGGAGAAAAGCCAUUUAACUGUGAUCAGUGUGGUAAAACGUUUAUUUCAUCAUCAAAUCUAAAAACACACCUGAAAGUUCAUUCGGAUGAGAAGCCUCACUUGUGUACUCUCUGUGGAAGGAGUUUUUCACGAUUGGACAGUUAUAAACAGCACCGGAAAAUGCAUAAUGAUGUGAGAGAUCACUUGUGUUUUGAGUGUGGGAUGAGCUUUACUACAGCUAGUCAACUAAAACAGCACCAAAGAAUUCAUACUGGAGAAAAACCUUACAAGUGCUCGUAUUGUAACAAGAGUUUUAGUCACUCUGGAAACCUGAAAACACAUGAGCGAGUUCAUACUGGAGAAAGACCGUUUCACUGUACUCAGUGUGGGGAGAGUUUCAAAGAUGCCAGAGUUCUGAAAAAUCAUCUGCGGAUUCAUUCUGAAAAAAAGGAGUUUAACUGGGAUCAGUCUGAUCUGGAAAACAAUAAUUCAGAUGAGAGGCCUCGCUUGUGUUCUUUGUCUGGAAAGAGUAUUUCACGAUGUAACAGUUGCAAACUACACCAGAAAGUUAAAACUGGUGAAGGAGGUUGCGCGUGUUGUGAGUGUGGGAAGAUCUUUACUGAUGUUAGCCAAUUGGAAAGGCACAAAAGAAUUCAUACUGGAGAAAAACCUUACAAGUGCUUGUAUUGUAACAAGUGUUUCAUUCAGUCUGAUCACCUGAAAACACAUGAGCGAGUUCAUACUGGAGAAAAACCUUACAAGUGCUCAUAUUGUAACAAGAGUUUCACUGAGUCUGGAAACCUGAAAAGGCAUGAGCGAGUUCAUACUGGAGAGAAGCCGUAUCACUGUACUCAGUGUGGAAAGAGUUUCACUCAGUCAACAACUCUAGUGACUCAUAUUAAAAUGCAUUGUUCUGUGAAGAAAUGAUAUCCUCAAAUAUAGGUGCUUUUUGGUAAAUGAUUUGGUGAAUUAGGUUAUUGAGUUCUUUUAAAUGUGUAGGUGGUUGAAAUAAAGUAGCAGUGCAGUUAUGUUGGGAUGCAGCAAAUUAGAGAUGCACCGAUUGACCGGCCAGUGAUCGGAAUCGGACGAUUUUUCGCAUGAUAAUGCAUAAUAUUUUGCUGAUAAUGCAUUUAUGUCGUGGCAGAUGAGGCUUGCACAGCCUGGUUAGUGUUUGAGAGAGACAGCACACACAAAGUAACUCACAGAAAUGUAUCGAUGCAUACUGUGGUAGAAAAAAAAAAAAGAUAUUUACAAAAUAUGAUUUAGAUAAGAAACAUUAUAUGGCUGUGAUGUAUUCCCGCAUAUCAAUAUCAACACGAUUGCAAUGCGACACUGAUUUUAUACAAUAGUAUUUCAAUAAACAAGAAGUUAAAAUUAAGUGACUUAGAUUUUAGACAAAAUAUUGACUGUUUUUACUCAAUUUCGCUGACGGAAAUAGUUAUGAUCAAAGCCACAGUAGAACUGUUGGGUGUCUCCGAGUAACACACAGCGGCGGUGUUUUGUUACUGAAUGAAUCCACGUUUUUGAACGAAAAGCCGUUUGAAUGAAUCGGUUGAAUGAAUGAAUAAAUGACUCGCUCAUUAAAACAGACACUUGCCGCCACCUACUGGUGGUUUAGUCAUAUUUAAAAGUAUCAUUGCAUUUUUUUCAACAUUUAUUUGUAUGUUUUUAAAAAAUAUGUAAAACAUUAAUCUUAUAAAAUUAUUUAUGCAUUUGAAAUUUUGCAGUGUAAAUGCAUUUAUGGCACCUCAGCAGUGGAAAGAUGGAGUUUGUUAAUACUAAAUUCAUUUGAAUGGUAACAACUCAGUUUCUUAUUAUGCUAACUGAAUUAAUUCAAACAAAGUAAGAAUUUGAUGUGAAAGAUGACACAUUUAAUAAGAUUAGGGGGAAAAAAUGACCAUUUAUGAACAUAGUGGGAAAUGACAUCUGUUUUGUUACAUACUGCAACUCAUUUUAAGUUAACUAUUUCUUCCUCUUUCCAGUCACAGAGCACUUUAUUUUGAGAGUUGUUUAAGUGAGAGAAAAUCUGUAACUUAGUCCAGAUUGGGGGAAUUGUAAUGUUUAAUCAUUUAUAUUAUUAUGUAAAUAAUAAAAAUUUAAAUUUUGCAUUGAAAUUUGCAUAGACUUUUGUUUGUAUAUGCUGUCAAUUAUAGUUCUUAGAAAGAAAAUCGGAAUCGGCAAAAAUCGGUAUCGGCAGGUCACACUUCCAAAAAAUCGGAAAUCGGAAUCGGCCAAGAAAAUUGCAAUCAGUGCAUCUCUACAGAAUAUCAUCACUUUUUUUUUUUUUUUUUGAUUGUCUCCUCAUGAAGACAUGCACAAAGAAAUACCAAUAUUAAAAGAGACCAGAAAUAAAUGCAUUACAAACCAACAAUCGGCCAAAUCCCAAUAUGAAAUGCUUCAAUUUUAAUUUUAAAUAGUGCUGUCAAACGAUUAAUCGCAUCCAAAAUAAAAG